AUGGUUGGCGGAAGCCAAUCCAUGGUGAUAGCAGACGAUAUUUCGGAUGAUGAAGCUCUUACUAUCCAGAAACCCGUGGGCGGAGAUUCCGACGAAAUCACCAAUCGUAUAAGAAUUUAUCCUGCUAAACACUUCAACCUACCAGGACUCAAGUGGAUUCCCUCGCAAGGCAAUUUUUUGUUUGCCGAUCCAACCAGAUCUUCGUUUACGGUGCCUUCCAAUACGAUUCUCGACUCUCUAAGCACGGCAACUCUCCGCGAGAUCAACAGCAUAGAGAAUGAAAAUGGUCGCAUGUUCGAUCUCUGCUUCAUGAGCGACGGACCCCAAUUGGCUACGAUUGAAGAGGCUCCUACGCCCUUGGUCAAGGUUGUUCCUCAUCACCCUGCUCUGCUGCUUUCACUUGAUAUUCCUAGAGCUUUUGCCCACAUCGAAAAACCUGGUCAAUUCUUUCUCGACUUUAAGAACGCUGAUUUCGUCGCUGUUUCUCAAACGCUCAAUGCUAUCGACUGGGAAACUGAACUGGAAUCUUCCGAUCCGAACGCUGCAGCUAUGAAAUUUUCCCAUAUAAUCAAUUACAUCAUCGAUCGUCACGUACCGAAACGCUCAUCAGUUUCUAACCUACGAGCUCCUUGGGUAACGAAAGAACUGCGACAAAUGAAAACGCUCAAGAAUAAAGCUCUCCGUUAUUACACUAGGCACAAAACUCUCCGCGCUAAAAAUGAGUAUUGCAAACUCAACUCAGCUUACAAAAAACUAUGCUCACGCUGCUACCAGAGCUACUUAAUUCGGAUACAGCGAGGUUUCAAAACAAAACCCAAAUCAUUUUGGCAGUACAUCAAGGACCAGCGGAAAGAAUCCGGCCUACCGCCCUCCAUGUUUCUGGAUGAUAAUUUAGCGACUUCGGAACCUGAAAUCUGUGACCUCUUCGCUGACAAAUUCCGUAGUGUAUUUGACUCAAACUCAAUAUCCUCGGACCAAGUUACCAGCGCGGCUUGUAACGUCCCUCAUUUGAACACAUGGCUGAAUCAAAUUGUUGUAGACGACGAUAUUAUUUUGAAAGCGACCGCUAAGCUGAAACACAGCCUUUCCGCAGGACCAGAUGGCAUACCAGCUACCUUCUUGAAGCGAUAUAUAUCACAUAUGCUGAUACCUCUAAAAAUAAUCUUCCAAGUUUCACUCGAUCAGUCUACGUUCCCAUCCUUAUGGAAAGAGGCCUAUAUGGUUCCGGUGCACAAAAAAGGGGACAGACGAAAUGUGAACAACUAUCGUGGCAUUUCUGCCUUAUGUGCGAUAGCCAAAUUGUUCGAGCUGCGCUCUACGACUACAAACCUGUUGACAUUCACGUCUAAUGUGCAAGACAGUUUUGCUAUGGGAUCUCAAACCGACGUCAUCUACACUGAUCUGUCAGCUGCUUUCGACAAGGUGAACCAUUCCAUAGCCAUCGCCAAACUCGAUCGUAUAGGUAUCUGCGGGUCUCUACUGGAAUGGUUCCGCAGCUACCUGUCAGUUCUCCGCCAAAAUCCGGAGUGCCUCAAGGGAGUCAUCUAG